AUGACAUCCACGAGAGCCAAGGACUUCCUCACCAAAGAGCUAUUUAUUAAGAAAAAUGUGGUCACAUUCCGGUCCUUGAGUCGCGAGCUCGGUAUUCACGUCAAUGACGCCAAGAAUGAGCUUGCCGCGUAUCUAGCGGAAACAGCAAACACCGACACAUCAUCAUUCGCGACGUACAUGGUCUCUGGUCAGAUCGCUCCACUGCACAACAAUGGAAGCCUUGAUGCAAUGGACGUCAUUCACGAUGAUGACAAUGCAUACCAAUCUGUAAUGCGCUCGAAGAUAGUUCUGGUAGACUGUGAUGGUCUGCAACGCGCGAAAGCUCAAUUCUCUCGUAUACAUUCCGUGUAUAUAUACGGCUUGUCUCCCUCGGUCUUACGUGACGCUGGUUUGAUUUGCCAACCGACGGUCAGUGUCCGGAAUACAGACACAAAGGGCAAUCCUGCGCUCAAUGGGAAAAUAAUCGGUGAACAUGUGAAGACCAGGAAAGGACUACCCAAAAAUGUCUCUGCCGCAUCAUCAUCAAAGACAACCUUGGAUGCGCGGAAGCCAGUCGUCCCCCAACCAUCUAUUUUACCGCGAAAAGUAGAGCAGACGACAGCCAAGGGUAAGCAGAACGAAGUGUCAAAAGACAAGGAGCAUGCAAAACCACUUGUUAGAACGAAAGAACAAACCAAGCCGACUGGCAAAUUAGAUUGGAGUAAGGGCAAGAAUAAGGAGCAGGAGGCCACAUCAGGAGCACGCGUCAAGGACAAGGCCAAACCUCAACCUAGACAGGAUACUAAAAUUUCGUCGCCAUCGGCAAAGUUGGCUGAUAAAGCGUCGGGCAAUAGUGAUGCGGGUCUGCAAUCGAUGAAGCAGCCCAUCUCAAAGGUACCUGCAGUCGAACCAAAGCGAGCUGUUAAGCGUAAAUCACCUGAUCCAUCAGACUCGGAUGUAGACGUUGAAGACAAGCCAACGCUCAAAGACAGGAACGUAAUGCCAAUGAGUAAUGCAAGAGUGAAAAAGGGUGUCGUGGUGUCGGACGACGACGACAAGGAAGUCCCGAGCAAGUCACACAAAAAAAUCACUCGGUCGACUUCAGAUUCCGAGAGGAGCCUUGCAGCAAUGAUGGAUAUUGAUGAUGAUCAAGUUGUCAGGGCAUCUCGCUUGUCCUCUCGUCGCCCCGAUGAUGUGGUAGAUGAUACUGGUGACGAGGUCGACCAAACUGACGUUGACGCUCUGAUAUCUAGCCUCGGCGAGGAAGAGGAGGAGGAUGUCAAGCCGCAGGCUAAGAAGAGGAAAUCUAAGAAGGUAGUCCCCGUCGGGCGCAACGGUUUGAAGAAACGUCGCGUCUUAAAAAGCCGCACCACCACCGAUGCCAAAGGCUACAUGCAAACGGAAGAUCAUUCUUCGUAUGAAUCCGCCAGCGAAGAGGAAGCUGUGCCCGCGGAAGUGAAGAGGAAAUCUAGGAAAGUGGUCCCUGUCGGGCGCAACGGUUUGAAGAAACUUCGUACCGUGAAAAAUCGCACCACUACUGAUGCCAAAGGCUAUACCCACACGGAAGAAUACUCUUCGUAUGAAUCCGUCAAUGAAGAUGAAGAUGAAGCUAUGGAAGUUGCGCCCAAGGAUGUAAGAAAGUCCAAAGGCAAGAAAAAGGCAGAACCGAAGUUGAAGGAUGAGGCAGGGGACAAACCGGUGCAGGCUAAUUCAAAGAUCAAGGAGACGAACUCCUUACGCGGGACUAAAUCCAAGGCUGGGAGAGCACCGAAACGCGGUGGUCUUUUGAAUUUCUUUGGACCCGACAAGAAAUAG